UACGCUGGUUCACAUAUGAUUCAAAAGACUGUUAAGAACGGAGGAUUUCUGACGGCUGUGGCGCAAAAAUGCAAGAACUUGAAGGAACUGAAGCAGACUCAUGCCCAUAUUCUCAGAUGCCACUUCGCGCAUAAUCCCUAUGCCAUCGCGCCGCUUCUCUCCGCCGCGGCGACAUCCGAUGAUGGCUUGCUUUUAUCUUACGCUUCCUCCAUUUUCGCGAAUCUGGAACACCGCAACACUUUCAUGCACAAUUCCAUGAUCAGAGGUGCAUUCAUUGAAUUUUACUCCAACACUCGUGAAGUGGAAACUGCAAGAUUGUUGUUUGAUAAAAUUCCGAGGAAAGAUGUAGUCUUAUGGACCGCGAUGAUCGAUGGUUAUGGCAAGACGGGGGAUGUACAAAGCGCUAGAGAGCUGUUUGAUGAAAUGCCUGAAAGAAAUGUCAUAUCGUGGAGUGCAAUGAUGGCAGCAUACUCUCGAGUGAGUAACUUUAAGGAAGUGCUUGCUUUGUUCUCAGAAAUGCAGAACACAGGCACCAAGCCAAAUGAGUCAAUCCUUGUAACUGUACUCACUGCAUGUGCUCAUCUUGGUGCACUCAUGCAAGGAUUGUGGGUUCAUUCUUAUGCCAAGCGAUUCAAUUUGGAGUCCAAUCCUAUACUGGCCACAGCUUUAGUGGAUAUGUAUUCAAAAUGUGGAUGUAUUGAAUCAGCUUUAUCUGUUUUUGAGGCCAUGCCAUACAAAGAUACUGGAGCAUGGAAUGCUAUGAUCUCUGGGGUUGCUCUGAGUGGCGAUGCAAGGAAAUCUUUAGAAUUGUUUCAUCAAAUGGUUAUAAAUGGGACAAAGCCUUCUGAGACUACUUUUGUUGCUGUUCUCACUGCCUGUACACAUGCAAAAAAGGUUGAAGAAGGCCUUCAGUUGUUUGAAGAAAUGAGCAGUGUUUAUGGGAUUAAACCCAAGGUAGAGCACUAUGCAUGCGCCAUUGACCUUUUGUCCAGAGCAGGCAUGGUGGAAGAAGCAGAGAAUUUUAUUGAAGAGAAGAUGGGUGGACUUGCCGGUGGAGAUGUCAACGUGUGGGGUGCUCUUCUAAAUGCAUGCAGAAUUCACAAGAACGUAGAUAUUGGAAACAGAGUCUGGAAAAAGCUUACUGAUAUGGGUGCAGCUGAUAGUGGGACUCAUGUUCUUUCAUAUAACAUAUACAAGGAAGCUGGGUGGGAUAUGGAGGCUAACAAGGUAAGGAGUAAGAUAUCAGAAGCAGGAAUGAAAAAGAAACCUGGUUGUAGCAUAAUAGAAGUGAAUAAUGUAGUUGAAGAAUUUCUUGCCGGUGAUCAAUCGCAUCCACAGGCACAAGAAAUAUGUAAAUUGCUUGAUUCUUUUCUCAGGAUGGUGAAUUUGGAGGAUAUCUAAUGGGAAUAAGCUUUCCAGGGAGGGAGUAGAACGCCAUCAGCCCCCGGCCCCAAAAAAAACGAGGGGAAGGAAAAAAAAUCGAUUUUUAGGAAAAUUUCGAUGCAUGGGAAGGGAAACCUGAUCUUGU